AUGGCUAGAAAUGAAGGGACUCUUGUAGGCCUUGAGAAAAAAAAGCAGUUCCAGUUUAAUUACAGGAAAAGGAUAAAUGGUUUUAAAUUGAUCAGGAGGGGUUCUAAACACCAGGCCAUUGUUAAGAAAGACGUCAUAAAGAAGAUCCAACCGUUCGAUCCAAAUAUCUACGAAAGGCUCAUGAAAAGGGAGAUAAGCGAAUGGGACAUAAAAUACGACUUUUGGUACUCCUCGGAGGACAGAGGGAAUAUUUUGCCACAUUUAGGUAUUGCCAUUUCAUAUUUUGCCAGCCUGAAGGCAAUUUACCCCUGUAGACAUCUUAGAGAUCACCACAUGGACUAUCGAUGGUGGGCAGAGACGUUUUUUCCUAAAAAAAUACCCCAUGUAUCGGACUAAUGAUUAAACUAGCUAACUGCUUGAUGAAAAAAAAAAGAGUUCCUCACAUUUAGAGAGAUUUCGUACAUUUAAUACUUGUUUUGAUGUUAACGCUCUCUUAAUUGUUUGCCUGGAGGCAAUGCAAGUCAUGUUCACAACCUCGUAUGCACACGCUUAAUUUGUUUUGUAGUAUUUGUGUACUUUUGUUGGUUUAAAUAGCUGAAGUAGAUGGAUACAAAGCUAAAUCUUCUAUAAAAGCAAUUGAAAGACAUUUCUACAUUGGAAUGCUUUUACUUUCAACUUGUUGAAUCGAAAUAGCAGAUUCAAAAGAGGAAGUUAAAAUAAUCCGUCGUGCUCUAUAAUUAAUCAAUCAGAGCGCACUUUUAAUCGGUCACAAAACAAUCAUGUAUGCAAUAGAACGUACUUUCCCUUAUUUCGCAGAAUGAAAAGCGUUUAUUUCAGCAACCGUUGUAGGCUAAAUUCUGCAAUAGAUAAGCCUCUAUUUGUUUUCGCCAACCGUUCAUUCCCAUUGUUGACAUAAUUGUACUCGAUAGCUCAAUGUAAAUGGCAUUAAAAUCUUUAAAUAAACAUUCCGGUCAACCUACUUUCAAUAAGGUUAAGUAUUUUCAUCAGGAGUAUUUCCUAACAAUAAUUCCGUCAAGAGAAUAUGAUAGUAAUCCCUUAGUUUGCAAAAUGAGUGUAGCUAUUCGUUCUGAUCUAUUGCUAUUUUUUCUCUCGAUAGGUUUAAGCGUUUUUACCGAUUUUAAGAUGAUGCCGGAAAUUCUAAAAAGGAAUUUAGUUGUUUACCCGAAGGCGAUGCAAGUCACAUUCACCGGCUUUGCCGGCUAUUUUUUCUCUCCAUAGGUUUAAGUACUUUUACCGAUUUUAGGAGGAUGCCAGAAUAUCUACAAAGGAAUCCUGAAGAGUUGUGGCAGCUGGACGAGCACAGUCCUUUUCCAGACGAAGUAGAGAUAGUUAUGCCUGAUGAUCGUCCUUUCAAAGGACACAUUAGGCCGAAGGGAGGCCUCGAUACCCCUUUUACAAAGGACAAUAUCAUUGAGGUAAAUCCCAUGUUUUUGAUUGCCUAUAUUAAAAGUCCGUUUCGAAAGGAACUAUGUAUAGGUAUGUAUAAAACUGCAAUUUUUUUCCAAAAAAAGAUUUUCAAAGAGAUUUUCAAAAAGAUUCAUUCUUGAGAAUUGAGGGUGACUCAUUACGCGCAUAUUUUUUUCAGAACUUAGCAAGAAAUGAAAUACUGUCAUGUUGAUCGCAACUCAUUUACUUUUUUUAGGGGUUACCGAAAGACAGUGUAGUGGGGCUGUUUGUUGCCAUGGUAAUCUAAUGUCGUAAAUAUUAUCAAAAAAUAGGUUGAGAAAUUCGUCUAUUUAGUAAUCUUUACGCCAGAGAGCUCCGUAAACUCAGAUAACUUCACUAGACGUUUAAGCUUCUCUCCUAUUGUGUUUUGCGCUAGCUAAGAUAUGAUAACAGAUACAUGAUUGUGAUUCCCUACAAAGUAAAGCAUAACAACUCAUCUGGUGUUGCUAAACUAUGGAUCAUUAGACCGCGGAACCUACGAAACCAGUGGAACAUGCAGAACCAUUAAUUUUCAGUUAUAAAAGAAAACAAGUAAAUAAGAUCCAUCUUCUUUAUACCCGAAAAAUGAAUUUUGAACAGUGAAAAGGUGAUUUUAGUUUAUAUUUUAUCUAAUUAUAUGUAUAUUUUUUUUGACAAAAAAAUUGAUUGUUCCUCAGUUUAGUAACACUCCGACUCAUCUUCAACCCGAUACUUUUCCAAUUUUAUUUAUUCCAGAUGCUGAAAUGCCUUCCCUGGAAGAAAUACACUCAAUAACUAAGGGCUAG